UCAGACGAGUGGUGCUGAUGCUGUGACAAUGGGACUCCUUCAGAUACCCUUAAUCUGGUCCUAGUAUGCUCGACACACGCACUCGGGACCGACUUUUAAACGUCAGAAGCAGCUGUUCAGAAGCGUGGAGAGAAAGUUCCGGCCGCCGCUGUGAGAAGCUAUGGGAACUUUCAGCCGUCAGAAGUUCUUCCAGGAGUUGGCCCAUGGCUGCCUCCUGCCCACCGCCCAGCAGGGUCUGGAGCAGGUCUGGCAACUGCUGGUCAUCUGCCUGCUGUGUCGGCUCCUCUGGAUGUUGGGCCUCCCUGCAGUUGUGAAGCAUCUGGGCACUAUAGGAGGAGGCUUCUACACCCUCUACUUGUUUUUUGAGCUUCACAUGAUCUGGGUGGUGCUUCUCAGCCUCCUCUGCUACCUCUUCCUCUUCCUGUGCCGCCACUCAACCAUGAGGGGGACGUUCCUCUCCAUCACUGUGCUCAUUUACCUGCUGCUGGGGGAGCUGCACAUGAUGGACACCACCAACUGGCACAAGAUGAGAGGUUCACAAAUGGUGGUGGCCAUGAAAGCCAUCUCAUUGGCCUUCGACAUGGACCGAGGUGUGGUCACCAGCGUGCCCUCUCCGAUUGAGUUCAUGGGCUACAUCUACUUUGUCGGGACAGUCAUCUUUGGUCCCUGGAUCAGCUUCAGCAGCUACAAAGAAGCUCUCGAGGGCCGUAAGAUGAGCUUUUCCUGGCUGUGGAAAGUGUGCGUCAGCUGGAUAAAGAGUCAAAUCUGCCUUGUUAUCUCCAACUGCGUGGCGCCCUACCUCUUCCCGUACUUCAUCCCUGUCUAUGGAGACAAGCUGCUCAGAGGAAAAAAGAGAAGGAAGAUCAGAGGAAUCCCUGCAAAGUGGCUGUUGGCGUACGAGAACACAAUGUCGUUCCACUUCAGCAACUACUUUGUCGGCUAUUUGAGUGAGACGACGACGACCCUUGCCGGUGCCGGAUUCACCGACGAGAAAGACAACCUGAAAUGGGAUUUGGCCGUUUCCAAGCCGCUGAGUAUCGAGUUUCCCCGGUCGAUGGUGGAGGUGGUGACGUCCUGGAACAUGCCCAUGUCUCGCUUCCUGCACACCUAUGUUUUCAAAAGUGCUUUAAAAUUUGGGCCAUUCUCUGCUGUCAUGGUGACAUACACAGCAAGCGCCCUUUUACAUGGUCUCAGCUUUCACCUGGGUGCCGUGCUGAUAUCUCUGGGCUUCAUCACGUACAUUGAACAUGUGCUGCGGAAGAGACUUGCAGUUAUUUUCAACGCCUGUAUACUUUCAAAGAAAUGCGCGGCAAACUGCAAUCACCAAAACAAAAAGGCACUGUGGGUAUAUCUAAUAAAUUCAGUGUUCAGUGCGUUGGCUGUCCUUCAUCUGACGUAUUUGGGCUCCGUGUUCAACUCCAGUGUGGAUUACAUGGAAGAAGAUGAGGAUGACGUCACUCAUCACACCAUUCAGAAAUGGUCCGAGUUGAGCUGGACGAGCCACUGGGUCACGUUUGGAAGCUGGAUCUUGUACCGACUCAUACUCUGAAGAAGGACAGCAGAGAGAGAAGCAAUAACAUGCGACACAGAGCCAGAACUUCACCUCUUUACUGUGACUUCUCAACGCAUCAGACUGAAAUAGCUUCAAACAGAAUCAGCCGACCUAUGACACACUGACCUGCUCCUUUCAUAUUAUAUCCUUUUUUUUCUCGUUUUAAAUUGGAGCUGCAGUUGUCCGACUGUCAUGUUGUAACUGCAGCUGCUGAUGUUUCACUGUGAGUAACAAUCAAUAGAGCUGUCGGCUCGGCGGGGAUUGCUGCUCCUGUAGUCCUUUACUUCCCCAGGUCUCCUCCACAUGCUGCUCUCCUCUCACCUGGUGUUUUACAAUCGCACUCAGAUUAUGCCGAUGAUAUUUUCCCGAGCUUUAUCAUCCAAACAUCUCCCAAUGCUGCUCACUCACUCGUGAUAGUAUAUUUUUGUGACCAACAGAAAGCAUAGAUGGAAAUAUAUAUAUUUAAUUGUGGGGGAAAUGUUAUGGAAAAAAACAGAUUUGGACAGUUUAUGCAUGUUUAAGAGGGAGGGGUGAAAAGAGCACACAUAUAUUUGGAUUGUUAUGACCUUAUUUGUCAUUGUUAGUUGGAUUUCUUAACCUGAAAAAGUUUUUGUUUUAUUAUUAUUAAUAGAUGAAUAGUCAUCUUUAAGAGCACUGGGCCGAUUAUGAAAUAAUCAAUCGUGUAUCCCUCUUUGAAGUCAAUGUCUAGCAAGAGCAGAUGUAGUGUUUUAGAUUAGCGCCUGAAUGUUUAUUCAAAAUUUCAUAUGACUGGCUGAUUUUGAAAACUGUUCCCUGUAAAUGUGAAGCCAUCACACCUGUGAUAUUUUUCAAUAAAGAUUUUACACUGAGGAAGUUUCAAAAUAUGCUCGAAUGCACACCAGACUGCUGUAAGAAAUAUGUGUUUAUUUGAAUCAUUAUUUACAAUAACAAUGUGUGGACUGUCAGACAGUCAAUUCUCAGUGUGAGUUUGGGGGAAAAAAUGCGAAAAAGGGCUGACAAACUGUAUUUUCUGCUCAAAAACAAGUGUUCCGGUGUUGCCUUUCCCCAGCUAUUUUCUGGUAAGCUGGAAGAGGGGGACAGGAGAGGAGUGCAGAUGGGGGGACAGAGGUUGAACAACAGAUGGUGAUGAAUGAAGAUCAGCUUCAUUGCUCCCUCAGUGUGAGGUAAGCAGAUGUUGUGAAGGAAGGCCAAGCCGAGUCAGGAGGGAAGUGCAGGCUCAGGAGGAAUGUGCUGAGGGGACGUGCACUCAACCCUGUCUGCCUCGAGGACCCCCAUGUUUACGACGGCAGGACCCCAGCAGUGUUUCUAAAGCCAUCUUCACGAAUGCCUGGAAGUUAUUGCUUCUCUCCCUUCGGCUGUCCUGCGAGGGGAUGAAACACAGACAGAUAGCUCCACUGGGAACUCAACAAUGACCAUAAUCCCUCC